GAACCGGCCCGAACCAAUCCCACCCCUCCCGACUCAUUUCCGGCUCUAUCUUGCUUCUGCUGCUGUCAUCGUUCCUUCCCCCGUCCAUGGCGGAAGCAAAAGCUGAGACACCCACCUGGGAGCAAAGAAUGCACACUCUCACCCACAUCUUAACCCACCCCACCACUGCGCCAUCCCUCCACUCCCAGCUCUUCGUUGCCUCCCACGUCCCCUGCUUCCUCUCCUGGGAUUACCCCCCUUUCCUAUGCCGCCCGGCCCCUUUAGCCGCCGGAUUCCCCCCGCCGCUUCUCCGCUGGUCCUUCGCCAUCUUCCUCCGCCGCUCCUCGCGCCUGGGCCUACCCGCCUCUUCCUGGCGCGCCAAGUGCCCCUUCCAGCAGCCGCCGCCCCUCGUCCUCUCCUCCGCCGUGGACCCGCCGCCUCUUCGCUGGGGGCCAGAGGAGCGCCGGGAGUCCGUUCGCAAGCGUCUGAGGCGGGGGCGGAUCGGUGUCAGGGUCUCGCCCGUCCUGGCCUUCGCGGUUCCCAAUCUCGCGCUCCUCUCGCUUCUCUUCUGGGAACCGCUCUGGCGUCUUCCGGAGACCUAAAGUUGACGCCCGGUUAUCCGAAUUGAUGAAGCAGCUCUCGGAGAAGGUUUGCCUCUUGGCAAGUCGGAGCCGGCUUUCUAUCUGGAUUGGGCCGCGCACUCUUUUCCAUUGAACUUUUUCAUCAAAUGUGAAUUAUUAUAAUAUUUUUUUAAUUUGGUUUAUUUAUAAUAUUUUUUAUAAUAUAUAAUAUUUUUUUUUUGUUGAGAUAUUGAAAAAUAUCGUAAAAUCAUUGAAAAACACUGUAAGCGAUAUAUGUGCCUCUUUAGGUGUCAUUCAUUGCUUCUAGAUCGAUAUGAUAAUAUAAUUUUAGGCUUGUAAAUUAGGUUGAUUGAGGUUAAAGGUUCAUUUAUGUUAUUCACAUGUUUUCAA